UGGACUUGCCCAGGUGAGGGGAUCCUUCUCUUGCAGGGGGAGGGGGCUCCUUUGUUCUCAUGAGAAGGGGGUGUUUUUUCUGGGCUGCGCUUUAUCCCGGGUGCGACCUUCCGGAGGGACGGACUCUGAGCACCAGGAGAUGUUCGGACAAGGAGAUCCCACGGAGUCCACAGAGUCCACGGAGCCCGCGGAGCGACCCCACGUCAUCAGGCUUCAAACGCGCGCGCCACAGGGCGACCACCGGGACGCCCGCUCGUUCACUCAGGGAGGAAGGACCGACGGACAGUGGCAGUGAAACACACAGACAGGACAGACAGACGAGCAGGCGCGCACACACGCACACGCACACGCACCUAGAUCAUUAGUUGCGCUUCCGACAUCAGCAUCCUUUUCAUCAAUCCUUUUUUCCCUCACAAAAUCACAGCGCGUCUCUGACCGACGCGCCCCAGUCAGUCUCUCGUCCUUUCGCUCCCUGGUGCCAUUUGUCCACUUUUCCUCCCUUUUCGUCCCUCUGCCAAGUGACACUUGUUCACCCAGAAAGAGCCUCGGACUUUACCUGCACUUUGAAAUACGUUUCCUCCUGAAGAUGCCCGGGGGCAAAAACUGAAAGCAGCGGGACUGAGUCCAUCAGUGUUCGAGGAACCUCUCGGACAGGACGGGAGCAAAGUGACAAGUGCCCGAGGAUCCGGGAGCGCGCGGGACUCAGGAUGUCCAUCCCAUCGCCGCGCGCGCGCGUGCUGUUUCUCGGCUUCUUCGUGAUUUGCUGCUGCGCUCAGGUGAGCCCCCAGGCCCCGCCCAACUUCACGCGCCACGUGAGCGAGCAGAGCGCGGUGACGGACCGGCUGAGCCGCAGGCUGACCAGGACGUACCAGCUGUACAGCAGGGCGAGCGGCAAGCACGUGCGCGUUCUCGAGGACAGGCGCGUGGACGCUAUGGCCGAAGACGGGGACGCGCACGCGAAGCUCAUCGUGGAGACGGAUACCUUUGGGAGUCGGGUCCGAAUCAAGGGAGAGGAGACCGGAUUCUACAUCUGCAUGGACAACAGGGGGAAGCUCAUUGGGAAGGUACCUGCAGAGGAACGGCCAGGGCAGGGACUGCGUGUUCACAGAGAUCGUCCUGGAGAACAACUACACGGCCCUGCAGAGCGUGGAGCACGCCAGCUGGUACAUGGCCUUCACACGCCGCGGCCGACCCAGAAAGGGCUUCCGCGCACGGCAGCACCAGCGGGAGGUGCACUUUAUGAAGCGGCUGCCGCGAGGGCACCUCGUCGCCGAGCAACGGCCGUUCCACUUCAUCAGCUUCCCCUUCAGACGGACUAAAUGCAUUCGCCGCUUGGGACAGCACUGAGCCUCAGGAUGGACGGCAAACCCCGCCCCCUGGGGCAGAACUGAGCAUUAAGACUGGGGUGCAAACAGAAAUGGCACGAGCUGUGAGACACAGGCCUUGGUUUGUGUGUGUGUAUGUGGAGUGGCUGCUACAGUGCACUCCCAGACAGACAGACACACGAAAGACGUACCCAACGUUGCAUUACAUCUCCAUGUUCCACCAAACUCUAAUUGUACUGAGUGUGUUUGCUUUUAUACACAUAACUAUUUUUAUUCAAGGACGUGUAAAAUGAUUUUGAUAGCGGAAAUAUUUAUUUAAGAAUCGGCAAUAAAUAGACAUCAGCAUCGUGAACUGACACACCUGGUUUCUCUGUACUCCACACCAAAGGGUCACAGACGUCACACGCAGCAUAGCGCGGCAGCUCUCGCGCCGACAGCCGGAGCAGCGAACA